UCUGUGUAUGUGUGUGUGUGUGUGUGUCUGGCAGCAGCUUUUCAUCUGCGCGCACAGAGCUCCGUCGAACGGCGAGAAGGGGAAAAGUGAAUAACACCUUUGAGUUUAAUGGACCGUUAAAGCAGCCUGGAUUACAUCGCGGAGAGCAUUUGGCGACAUCUUUCAGCCGCUGGAAGCCUGCGCAUCCUGUUGAAUUUAAGAUUUUUUUUGGGGGGUAUCCAGAGCGGUCCAGAUGUUAAUCCACACCUAUUCGGCUAUGGACCGCGCAGACGGACUAAGCGGCUCUUCGCCGAGUGGGCGCCUCUCCCAGCUGUCCUCCCUGAACCAGGCCGCCUACUCCUCGGCUCCACCGCUCUGCCACACUCCGGCCUCUGACUUCCAGCCUCCUUACUUCCCUCCCCCCUAUCCCCAGUCUUCCCUGCCAUACUCCCAGAGCCAGGACUCAGCGUACUCCCACCUGUCAGACCCUUACCCCUCCAUCAACUCUAUCCAUCAGCAUCAGCAAGCGGCAUGGCACUCGCAGAGGUCGCGAUCCGAGGACGGGGGGCUCCUGUCUCAGUCUCACCGGGCUCUGAGCCUCGACCCCCGGCGGGAGUAUCCAGCUGUCCCUAGGCUGCUCCACGGUCUCGGGGAAGGGGCUGCAGCACUCGGGGACGGUCCUCUCGGGAUGCACCUGGGACAUCAUGGCCUGGAGGAUCUUCAGGGAAUGGAGGAAGGAUCAGCCUUGGGCAUCCUCGACCACUCUGUCAUUAAAAAAGUUCCUAUCCCGUCCAAGCUGAACGGCUCGUCCCUGUCAUCCUUGUCCAUCGGUAAGGAGGGUCUGGGUAUGGGAGCCGUGUCCAACCCGGCCGAGGUUUUCUGUUCGGUCCCGGGUCGCCUCUCGCUGCUCAGCUCCACCUCCAAAUACAAGGUGACAGUCGGGGAGGUGCAGCGGCGCCUCUCCCCACCUGAGUGCCUCAACGCUUCCCUGCUGGGUGGAGUCCUCCGCAGGGCGAAGUCAAAGAAUGGUGGCCGCUGUCUGAGAGAGCGUCUGGAGAAGAUUGGCCUCAACCUGCCCGCCGGGCGACGCAAGGCAGCCAACGUCACUCUCCUAACAUCUCUAGUGGAGGGUGAGGCCGUCCAUCUGGCGCGGGACUUCGGUUAUGUGUGUGAGACCGAGUUCCCAGCCAGAGCCACGGCUGAGUAUCUGUGCAGGCAGAGCGAGCCCGAGCAGCUCCCAACACGGCGCAGCAUGCUACUCGCCACCAAGGAGAUCUGCAAGGAGUUUGUGGACCUGAUGUCCCAGGACCGCUCUCCACUGGGCGGCAGUCGACCCACCCCUUGCCUGGAGCCCGGCGUCCAGGGAAGCCUCACCCACUUCAGCCUGCUCACCCACGGCUUCGGAGCCCCCGCCAUCUGCGCCGCGCUCUCCGCCUUCCAGAGCUACCUGAUGGAGGCGAUCAAAAUGCUGGACAAAGGAGAGGGUGGAGGGAAGAGCCACCACGACAAGGAGAUGAAGCACCGCAAAUAGAUGGAAAACAGACAGACGCGUGGUUAAAUGGAUUGGAUGGAUGAGCGGCAGAAAGGAAGAGAAAGGAGGGGAGAAUACUGACUUGCGCCCCCUCUGCGUCUUUACCUUUGCCCUCAGGAUAAGAACUGAGACUUUUACCUCCCAGAAACCCCUGCGGUCCCUCUCGUCGAAGAGGCGGGGUUUAUGAUGAUAUCUGUACUGUAAUAUGUGUCCACAACCACCUCACUCAAAAUGACGCAUGGACCUCUCUUCUCAGUAGCUGGUUUGUGUCAUGAUGGCGUCUACGAAACAUCUCUUCAAGAUGAGUUCCUACAUACGGCAGUAUGGUUUUAAUUAUUUCAACCCCUUUUUAUUUACUUAUGUCACCUUAAAUGCGUCACCUUUAUCUGUGUUUUAGGAGCCCCUGCCUUCAUCAGUCUCACAUCUUACACACACACACACACACAAGCAAACACACUUUUUCUGGACUGGACUCAUCUGGGAAGCAUUGUAAGCCAUAUCCGAGACAACAACCUGCUCUUUGCUCCUCUGGAACUUUGGGGGACUUUUAACUCCACCUGAUGGACAAGCACAGCUUCCAUAUGUAGUUCUUCUUAGUGGGUGGUCAUGGGAAAAUUGAACUCUCUGGGUUCUCUAGCAGCGGGGUAAGGAGGAGUCAAAGGCAGCUAAAGGAGAUUUGUUUUCUUUUAUUUAUGUGUUGGUAACUUAAAAAAAUAACACAAAUCAUUUUGUAC